AUUGUAUUUUUCUGUUAAUCCAUGCACAACAGACACCUCGUGGAACAGCUACCUAAUGGCAGUGCCUGAUAAAGCCACCGCCGACAGGCAGGCAGGGAAGGCAGUUCCGCAGCGUGUUUGCUCCGUGCGCUGCCAGCGGGCACUGGCUGCGAUCCAGCCCCUCAGCGCUGCCGUGCCGGGGACCCGGCUGCGGAAUUCCAACAUGAUUGCAGACGUCCUUGGAGGGGAGGAGCUCCUCUAGACACCAGCUGAAGCAAGACGCCUCACAAACCAAAGUUCAAGCCAUGCAUCACCUCUGUGUGCAGAUCUCGUGAUGAUCUCCAUGGAGGCUUGGGCACUCAAGGCAGAAAUAUGAGCAGCAUCUCCCCCUGUUGUCCAGCUCAGACAAUGCAGCGCUCUGCACCAUGAGGAAGGCGACACAUCUCCCGUUCUUUGUGAGCUGAUAUCAAGUAGACAGACACCUUCUGAAGUUUUGUGCAUGCUGUGCGCUUUUUUUCUUUGCUGCAACAAGAAAAGCCUUUUCUUUUAACCUGGCUUCCUUUGAAGAAGUAACUCAGGAAGCUUCAUGGCCUCUCAAGAAUCUCGGGGACAAACCAACCCCAUCUUUAAGGAUUACCUCCCUGGUUCUUCUGACAUUCCUGAACAGAAUAAGCCUGUUGAACCAACAAGUCUCUGGAAGCAAACAUCACACACUCAUAACUUGCCACCUGGUCUAGAGUACCUGAACCAGCUGGACCGGAUAAUUAUUCAUCAGCAAGUGGAGCUUCUGGAAGCCAUACUUGGCACAGAGACCUCCAGCAAAUAUGAGAUAAAAAACCAUUUGGGACAAAGAGUUUACUUUGCAAUAGAAGAAAAUGAUUGCUUUGACCGUAACCUGUGUUCGCCUAUAAGGUCGUUCACCAUAAGGAUCGCGGAUAACACGGGCCGAGAAGUGAUUAGAGUGAUCAGACCCUUGAGAUGCAACAGCUGCUGGUUCCCCUGCUUCCUGCAGGAGUUAGAAGUUCAGUCCCCACCAGGUACAACAGCUGGGUAUGUUGUACAGAACUGGGACCCUUUUCUGCCAAAGUUUACUAUACAGAACCAAAGUAAAGAAGAUGUACUAAAAAUAAUUGGCCCUUAUGCAACCUGUGGCUGUUUUGAAGAUGUUGACUUUGAGGUAAAAGCUCUCAAUGAGAUGACAACAAUUGGCAAAAUUUCCAAGUACUGGUCUGGAUUUGUAAACAAUGUCUUUACCAACACUGCCAACUUUGGGAUCCAGGUCCCUGUAGAUCUUGAUGUGAGAAUGAAGGCAGUAAUGAUUGGUGCUUGUUUCCUCAUUGACCUAAUGUUCUUUGAAAACUCUUUGGAUGGAUUAUAACAAGAUGACAGAAACAAUGAAAUAUGCAGAAUGUGUUUCAGUAGAAUUCACUUGAGCUUUGGACGUGAUUUUGAACUGCAAAAAUCCUUGUUCCUUAUAGGAAAAGAUAGGGAGCUAAUGAUGAUGUUUAUUAAAAUAUGUCUCACGUAAAUAAUAAUUUGCCACUUACACUUUAUGUGUGUUGUAGCUAAACACAUACUUUUCACACAGAGCACUGUUGCUUUGGAACAGUGCUAUUCUCUUCUUUCUCUUUUGAUGUUCCUGCAUGGAAAAUCAUGAAAGGUUAGAUGAAGGCUUGCAGCAUCAUUGAUGAAAGUCUGUGUUUAGAGAAGCCUUUGAUGUUUUGCAAGUGCUGGUACCAGUUACUAACCAGAGUGUGUUCUGGGGGUGUUGCUUCUUUAUAAUUUUAGAAGUAAUUUUCUGAUAUUUUAUUUAAUUAAUAGUAGCAAACUGAUAUUGAAAGUAACAAAUAUAAGGACAUCAUGCCAUGGGAAGUUCAAGAUGUUACCUGUUCCAGUGUGUUGAAAGGAGGGAAGUUAUGUUGGCAGGUAAAUUAGUUUUAUGACAAAGAUUGUUUUGAUGAGUGGCAGCCAGAAAUUAGGCUUCCAGCACUAGACUUGAGAAUGUUAGCUCUAUUCAGAAAAUCUGGGCUUCCUCUAUUUCCACUGAAGGUAGGCCAUAUAUAAGAUUUGAGAGAUGGUCCUCUGUGUGCUAGAGGCACACAGAGCACUUCACUUUGAACGAUUUAGUGUUAAGGAUUCUUGCUGCCAUCCACUCAAGGUUUUCCUUAAAAGGUUUGUUCUUCUUUAUAAUAUCUGGUGGUUGAUAAUUAUUCAUUCAGACUUGCCUGAGGCCAUCCUAGAACAGAAUUAUUCUUUUCCUUUGGCAGGCUCAGGUAUUUUCUGUGACAGGGCUGUGCAAAAGGAGCUUUUUGUAGUUCAGCGGUUGUACAUAGCUGUUCAUCCCUGCAGUAACACCUCAUACUGUUCCCAAACAUUCCCACUAACAGGUUUUUACUAAUACAAGUUCAUUUGUUGAAAAAUCUGUGAUAUAUAUAGAAGACAUAAACAGAAAUUUUUUUUUUUGUUGCAAAAUAUUUGCUGUAUGAACUUGCUUAUGCCUCCCAAAAACUCCAGGGGGUCCUUCAAGAAGCAGUCCAGUACCCUACAAUAUUAGUGGUAAACCCAACAAAGUCACCAGUCAAGUUUCUAAGGGGAACAUUUUACAAAUCACUGGAAAUGCUGGAUUUUUUUUUUUUUUAGUGUGAACCAGUAAUUCAAUUCUUGCAAACAACCAACACAUCAACGGAAAGAGAGGAGAUAAUGAAUAAUUCAUAAAAAUGAAAAAGAGCUAAAUUUAUCAGGUGAUUAAUUCUCAACAAAUAUUUAGACUAAUUUUAAAUUAAUGUUCAUGGAUAUGAAUUCAAACACAGUGAAGUCAGGAAGUUGCAACUAACGUUCCCAUAGUGAAAUUAACUCAGGAAUGCUUAUAGAUUUAAACAGUAUGUUUUAGAUUAUAUACCACACUUAGGUAUUUAUACAGAUUUACAUAUGUCUUGAAAAUAAUUGUGGUUAACAAGCUCUGACAAUCAUCAUUAUCUGUUAACCAUUUCAUUACUGGCUCUCGCUGUAACUCUCAGCAGUGCAAUCAGGCUGCACAAGUUAUGAGCUCACAGGGAACCAUUGCUGCCACCUUUCCCAGGAGGAAUACCCUGUAAGGUUCGUGGGUAAGAAGCUCCCUCGUGUGGAAAUUUAUGGUUUUGCAGAGGAAUAAAGGAUGCUUUUUGCUAUUCUCGCUAAUUUCACACUCUUAAAUUCAGCCCUUUAACUCCUGACUUACUCUAAUGUAGACUGAGAAAAAGAACCAGAUCUUUAUAUUAUUUUUUUUCUUUAAAUCCCUUUUCCAUUUUAGACAGAAGUAAGUAUUGUUGUAGUCCAUAAUCUUGGGUCUUGUGCAAAACCAUGUUCGUGCACUGUUGUCGAGCUGUGUGUGUCUGAACUCUGAGCUGGAUACAGAGCCUGGUAAGAUCAUCAGGAUCCCUGCCUCUCUCUCACUUUUCCUCUGCAAUUUCAGUCUUCUUAUGACCUUUAAUAAGCCAAAGACACUUCUGAAGCAAAUCUGUCCUACCUCUUUUGAAGUCAACACAAAAUAGGGUUUAUUUACCUGCAGGGCUGAGUUUGGCUGAGUGUCCACAUAAAAACCUUGUAGGUAAGCAAUACAUGAAAAUAUUUUUUUUAUGAAUUGCAACCAGAUGAUAAUACUGGAUUUCUUGCACUUAGUGACUUUAUUGCUGUUUUGUGUGUUAAUACAACUUUUUUUGCUGUUAAUGUGUAUGUAUAUGAGUAUGUUUGAAUGCCUCUGGUUACACUUAGAGGCAGCCCCUAGGACUUACAGAAAGAGGCUCAGCCCCUGAAUAAAACAAGCACUGGGGCUGGGAUAGCUCUUUCUGGUUAGAACUCCUUCAGCAGCCUGCUUGACUGAAUUUCUGGUAGAAAUUCAGUGCCAAUGCCAGUUCUUUUUUCAGCUGGAAGGUCGUUCAUCCAAACCACAGCUGCCAAAGGCAAGUAUUCAUCCUCAGCAAAGAUGAUGGAGUUCUGAGUGAUAUUACUAAAGGAGAGCUAACAUGUACCGAGAUUUUAAUAACCUGCAGCUUAUUAAUAGCAAUGUGUUUCACAUUAUGGGAGCUAUGCAUGCUCACCUUUCCCAGUUCCCCCACAGGCUAGGCAUGGCUCUCCAAAGGAGAAUUCAGUAUUUCCCAAAGAGUCACAGGUAUUCUCUAAACCAAAUUCACGUUCUGGUUAUACUCUAGAAAGAAACAUGAUAGUUCUAAUGAAACAGAAAUUUUACUUAAUCCAGCCAAGCAUAUAUUUUCACUCGUUAUCACUAGCCAAACUGUAAAUCUAUGUAGCACACACUCCUUGUGUUCAGUAGAUGGCAGCAACAGCUCAUUAUGACAAUAUUUACCUUUUCACACAUCAUAAGCUGUACCCAGGAUGCUGAUUGAAGUUCAACAUACCUUUAACCUCUAAUUGAAUUCUAUUCUUAACUGGAGGAUUUUAUUUUCUGUGUCUGAUAUUAAACCUUUGUCACACGAUGCUGGGUCAUCCUUAUUGUUUGCAACUUACAGCUGAACUGUUGGUUAUUUUAUGAGAUGUGGUUGAGGCAUGGGCAGAAUACAGUCUACCAUAAAGUGAGCUCUUCUGGUCAGCACUAAACCUAUUUUUUGCACCUGGAGCAUCUCUCCAGCUUCCAGAGGUGGACAAAGGAGAAGCCCCAGCCCCAGGGCACUCCCCACCUUCUGCAGAAACAGAAAGUGCCAUGUCUAAAAGAGAUUGCUUUGCGGUGGUGUCCCUAGAAAUGCAGACGUUUUCUGUGGGUAAAAUGUCAUGUCAUGCCAUGUCAUGACAGUCUGUCACUAUGUGCUGUACUGAGACAGAGGGAUGGAAACCCCCUGUAGUGCCACAAACCCAGAUGACACCAAUACCUGGGAAGGAGCUGGUUUGUCCCUGGGAAGAUCGUAAGAGAGUAGAGACCCAUUAUCUCUGUAAGUUCUGAGAUUUUUUUGUUGUCUAAUAAUUUGCUGGCUGCAAAAGUCUCUUCAUAGACUUUGAUGUGUGUAUUGAAAAAGUCAUUUUGUGUCAAUUGGGUUAUUUGUUUUAGGAUUAGAUAAACCUGGAACUGAUCCAAAAUACAGAUUUUCUAGUAGACUAAGUGGAGCUGUUUGGGAAAAAAAUAUAUAUGAAAGUUUCUCCUCCUGACCCUCAUCUUAGUUGUAUUGAUUUCUUUUCAAUUAGAAUGGUAUGUUCCAUGUUAGAAUGAUAAAUACUGGUUUAAUCAACUUUAGGUUUUAAAAUGUGCUUUUUCUUCCCUAAAACUGGAUCCCUUAGAGGGCAAAACCCACUUGAGCUCCUUAGGGAAAAUUACCUCUAUACUGUGAAAGGAGAUUUUUUUUUUCUGGAAUCCUGAAUGUUUUUCUAAACUUGAUCCCUAUUAGGAAUAGCUUCCUUCAUGCCAAAUCAUGACUGAAGUACUCUAGUAGCACCUGCCACAAGACAACACCUUAUUCAUGACUUGUCAGCAUUUUAUUACUUCAGUCAUCUGAAAUGUAGUUAACAAAACAAUUUUAAACAUAAUAGUAAUUACUUUUUGGAGAGAGACAGCCCAGGACAGAUAAAACUUUCCUCUUUCUUAUGUAUUUGUUAGUAUUAUGCUUACAAAAGCACAUGAAUGUUCACAAAAGAAAGGUUAGAAGGACAGAGACUGAUGGGUGCCCAGUGGCUGUGCCCCCAAAGUAUGUUCAUUCCUUUAUCCCAAGUGACAGUGAACUCCUGCCACUGUGAAAAGGAGACCUUCAGGUGACUUUACAUUGUUAUGCAUCUCCUGAAUUGACGCUGAAAAUUCAUCUCAAUUCACAACUAGGUCUUAUUCUCCAGUCUCUCUUUGGAAAAGCAAUAGAGACUUCUCACUGCUAUUCUCACUUUAAUUUUCUUCUGGGAAAGAAGUAUAAACAUUAUAUUACACCAUUUCAGUAGGAAUCAAAGUCCUCAUGUGCUCAUAUCCAUCAGACCUAUUUGGAAGUUGCAGAUUUCAUACAAACCUUCUGUAUGAAAGUACACAGGAGUACAUAAUCCAACCACCCUCAGGUUACACUGACCAUGGAGAGAUACAGUGAGGUUCAUGUUGGUGGACUGUGUUUCCAGUGUGGAGUUCCUGGGGUUGGCUACAAAGCACUGGUACUCACAAAGCUGAUUUGUCAGUCUUGAUUUUGGAAUAACUUUACUGUAUGACAUGGAUUAAAUCUAUCCCCUUCAUUUAAUAUCCUCCUUCAUGAGGAAUAAAUAAGUGAAGCACUCUUGUAUAGAUCCAAGUUCAAUGCUUUCACAGGCUACAGGUUCAGCUCUGUGCAUUUCUUAUCACAUGGGAUCUGGCACAGAAUAUGUCCCAGAAUCUGAAUAUUGCCAAACAUAUAAGCAUGGAGAUUACUCAAAUGCUUAAAGCUAAGUGAGCACUUCAUGGGCUUUUGUUUCAAAAGAGCCCAGCUCCUUGCAGGUUUAAUCUUUAAUUAACUGUAAUAAAAGAUGUUGAUGAGACACGUGUUCUCACAUAAAAUUUUAAUUGGGAGGAAAGUCCCCACUUACUUGAGUGACCUUAACAGUUCUACUGCUUGUUUAUGUAAAGUAAAAGUAAAGGUUGACAGAUUAGGCUUGCAGUAAGGAUAGUGCUAUGAAAAACUGUAGAAUAGUCCUCUUCUCCAUCCCCUACAGGGGAAGUUGCACUUAGGGUACUAAGUUAGGCUGGAAAACACAGAAGCACACACCAUACAUUUUCCAUCAUUAAGUUUCUAUAGGCCAGUCAUCCUAUAAUAAUGCUUUUAUUCUGGCAGCUGGGUGAGUAUUGAAGGAAAAAUCCACCUGCAAGUCAUUUCAUCAGGACUCAUUAAUUUGCUGUGCUUUUCCACUUUAAGAUACUCAUUUGAAGGACAUCUUUUUCUCUGUGCCAGCCACAUUAGGUAAGUGCUCUAUUUACAUUGCUGAUGUUUUGUAUUAGAAAAGCCGAUACACAACAACAACAAAAUCACAAAAAACCCCCCAAGCUUCUGUUGCAGACAUUGCUCUAUUGAGAAAUAGAACUGACCCUGGGCAUUUUCUCUUUCUGCCCCCUCCCUUUUCCCCCAGAUCAUACAAUCACAGAAUGGUUUGGGUUGAAAGGGACCUUAAAGAUCACCAAGUUCCUACGUCCUUGCCACGUGCAAGGACACCUUCCACUAGACCAUGCUGCUCAAAGCCCUAAAGAAAAUGUCACAGUGCAUGUAUCAAGGUGCAGUGUUGCUUCAUAUGUCUUUUCUUAGUAAUUUCUGGAUUGCUUGCAGAAGCUUAGGGAAAAUUUGGAGAAGGCUAAUGAUUGCAUUAGUUUUCUAUCCGUGUGUUUUUUCUAAACCCUUGAAAAAUUAUAUUUUACCAUCAGGAAUCAUUUUGGGCACCUGUCAUGAUAAUGACCGUAAAUAGCAACCAGGACUGGGAAAAGAAAUCAUAGAAUCAUAAAAUCAACUGGAUUGGAAAAGACCUCAGAGAUCAUCAAGUCCAACCCUUGAUCCACUACCGCUGUGGUUACUAGACCAUGGCACUGAUGCCACAUCCAGUCUCAUCUUAAAAACCUCCAGGGAUGGUGAAUCCACCACCUCCCUGGGCAGCCCAUUCCAAUGUCUGAUUACCCUCUCUGUAAAGAAUUUCUUUCUAAUAACCAACCAAAACCUCCCCUGGCAGAGCUUAAUACCAUGCCCUCUUGUCCUACUUCUGGUUGCCUGGGAGAAGAGACCAACCCCCGCCUGGCUACAACCUCCUUUCAGGCAGUUGUGGAGGGUGAUGAGGUCUCCCCUGAAAUGCAGCCUGGGAUCAAAAUAAGGAUCACUACUAGAAGUGUGUGUUUCACACUUUUCCAGCAUUCAAAGUUUUGAGCAUUUUUUUUUAAUUCCUUUUGGGUUUCAUGAGGAAACCCAAGCAUCUUAAUUAAAAAUGAAAAAUCCUCUUUACAAAUUCAGGGGAGGUAUUUUGGCUAUUAUAUAGGCUAGGAGUAAAAAACGAUUUUUUAAAAUCAGUUAUAAUCAUUAAUAAUCCAGAGGGCUAGAGCACCUUUUCUAUGAUGACAGGCUGAGAGAGUGGGGUUGUUCAGCCUGCAGAAGAGAAGGGCCUAGGGAGACCUUAUAGCACCUUCCAGUACCUUGAGGAGCUACAAAAAAGCUGGAAAGAAACUUUUGACAAGGAUAUGUAGUGAUAGGACAAAGGGCAAUGGCUUUAAACUGAAAGAGAGUAGGUUUAGAUUAUAUAUAAGCAAGAAAUCCUUUACUGUGAGGGUGGUGAUACACUGGCACAGGUUGCCCAGAGAAGCUGUGAAUAACCCAUCCCUGGAAAUGUUCAAGCCCAAGGUUGGACAGGGCUUUGAGCAACCUGGUCUAGUGAACGGUGUCCCUGCCCAUGGCAGGGGGUUGGAACUAGGUCUUCAAGGUCCCUUCCAACCCAGCCUGUUGAGGAAUUUACUUAUUUAAUCUUCUAUCUCUAGUUCCAUAUAGCUGUAGAUUAAGGAUCAGAACACCUGGGUAAAGUAUGACCCACGUGAGAUGCAUUUCUAGCCUUUGGCAUUGCCCAGGACCGGGUCAGCAACACUGCACCUGGAAACCAUACCAUUCCCUUGAAAAUAAGAUUAGUUUUCAAAUGUUCUAGUUUGAAAUUCAGAGGAAUUUUUUUAAAUGUCAGUAUUUAAACCAAGAACUAUAUGUGCAUUUGAAACACCUUAGCGUUUGGAACAGUUUUGAUUUGAUAAAUAUUUGAUUCUGAAAUGUUUUCACUGAAGUGAGCCUACCAUACGAGAGCAGCAUCACUUCAAUGCUCUGAAAAUGCAACAGCUCAGAUAAAACCAAGUUCAGCAGAAGCCAGGACAAGUGGGUUAUUACUUAAAUUAACAAUUUAAUAAAUUAAUUAAAUGGUUCUCUAUCAGGAACAGUUUUAUCUUGGGUUUUACUGCUUUCAGACUCUCAAGGGCCUGAUAUAAAACAGCAUCAUGAAUAUAAACUUGCAGAAAAGUGAAACUCCACCAAGAAUUAGUGGUGUACAGUGUAUUUCAUCCUUCUGGAAUCAAUGGCUAUUGUCCUGGCAAAAUCAGUACAGUCCCACAGUUUGAUCACUUUACUUUCCUAAUUGAGCCUAAUAGAAGAUUAAAGAUAUUUUUUCCUUUUGAUGAUCUGCAAGAUGGGUCAUUUUUGAUGUCUUUCAUCUACCUGGAUGCUCAUAGAGUAUUCAUCAUUGUGAGACCAGACCAGUACUUGCAUUGUUAAAAACACAUGCAAUGUGUGGGGAUUCUGUACUUGCCACUGAGGAGAAAGGUUGAACAGGUGCAUUUGCUGUGCUAAAUAACUGCAAACAGUGCAUGGAGAUAUGAUGUGAAAGUUUCAUGGUAAUAAAUUAAGGACAAGAGACACUAAAUCUAGGGACGACUGUAGAGAGAAGCAUUUGUGUAAACAGACAGGGUGUGCCUUUGGGAAAGACUUUGUUCCAUAAGAGCAGAAAAACACCAACUGAUACGCCAACAUAAAUGUGCCAGCAGGUGGGACACCUAAAUAAAGCAUGUGCAUGUGAUCCACAAAAAAUUCUGUCAGAUGAAACUGUUUGCUUUUAGCUGCAGUGGUUGGAACCAGUGGGACCUGGUGUUUUGCCCUGAUUUGUGGUUUUUCAACAGAUGAACUUAUCUCCUCCAACAGGUAUAUGCUUUUGAACUUCCAUACACAUACGUGCUGUUGUCACAGAGAGGUGUGGUUAUAUGGCUGGGGCAUUAAAAGGGCAUAUGCAUGACCUGACUAACCCGCUCACUCCAAAUGGUCCCAUAAAAUGGUUUAUCUCACUUCUUGCGGUCUUUGGCACAGUUCUCUCUUGCCUGUACUGUGUUUGACUGGUCUAAACAUAAUGUUUUAGUUGAGCUGUCACCUCCCUGGGUGAGGCCCUUCACCCUCUUGAGUGGGAAAGAGUAAAUGAUUGUGGAGCUUGGAAAGAAGAAGAGUCUGAUCAAGACAAAUCCUUGCGGAACCACAGGGUAACUUGAGCUAAGGAAAGAGCGAGGGUAUGGGAACAAAAUUAGCAGGGGGUUAGGAAGACACAAGGAGAAUAAAACAUUUUUAUCAAGUGUAAAUGAAUGCUUUCAACUAGCUGUGAAGUCUAAUAUGUUCUUUAUAAAUAUGUACUCAGUAGAGUAAUGGAUCUUUGCUACAAAAUAAGCAUCUGCUUGGUGGAGUCAUGGUUAUCUACUGCACUGCUGAACUGUUCAAGCUAUAAUGUUCUCUUAUCUUGUACUUCUGGAGUAUCACUGAUAAGAAAUGAUUAAUGGAGAAAAAUGUUUAAGAAAAUCUGCAGACAUGCAAAAUGCCUCAUGCAGCAAUGAUGUGCUUGGCACAACAUAUAUAUUUAUUACUACAACUAUGUGUUAACUUUCUUGGUAAACUUUUUAAUCUGAAUCACUUGAUUAUAAAAAGCGGUAAUAGAAGCCUUUCCUGAAGGAAAUAUAUCACUGCAGAAGUAGUAAAAAAACUCCAACAAACUGUAAAAAAGGGCUUAGACUCCUCUCUUCUCCCAUGCUCUCCCAGAAAUUAGAUUUUGUAAAUGGCUGUGUUCAGUCUGUCACUUAUAAAGCAAUGUCAUCUCAACUGCAGUCUUGGUAGACAUAGAAGGGUUUAGAGUUCCAACACCACAGUGAAGCAUUAAAAUCACAAGUCUUUAUUCAAUCCUGAUAAAAUGUUAGCUCUUGGAUCAGGUCAUUAAGGCCUUUUGUCAGAUGAGUCCAGACUAAUUGUAGGCAGCUCUACCAGCAAGCAUUUUAUAUUAUUAAUUCAGAGAAAAUAACUAGUAAAUGGUGUAAAACAUUUGUUCUAUAGCCAUAGGAAAUGCUGAUUAAUGCUAAUAUAGAUCUUGUUAGGCAGAAGUCACAUGCCUUGAAAUUCUGGGAAGGGUCACUGAAAGAGAACCAUAUUGAAUAAUUGUAAAUUCCAGCGUGAAAAAGACUUUUACUUCAAUUUUGAAGACCUGCCUCAGAAGCACGUUGGUUCCAGAAACCUGCAGAGCCUACUUGUAUAGACUUUGUAGGCUACCUUAUCCCAUCCAACUGCAAGUGCAGGGGACUGGACCAGGAUCAGGGGGACUACAGGUCACUAUCCCUCCUCCUGCAGUAAUGCAGGAGCAUUGUGCAUCUCGGCAGGGCUGGCUCCCGUUGAUACAGUGUCCUCCAGCUGCAAACCUGUCCCAUCUGGAAGGGAAACUGCAGUCUGGCCAGGAGGGUGGAAGAAUCCUGCUGCUACCUUGCCAGCAGAGACAUGGUUAAGGGGAGAGGAGAAGAGAGGAGAGGGCAUCUGCUUGAUCAGCAACAACCAGCAGCUCAAUUAUACUAAAAAAUUGAAUCAAAGAUUGGAUGGCAAAUACAGUUUAUAAUACCACAUGAUACAGCAACCAGGGAGAAAAAUCUCCUCAUCUGUGCGUAACAAAUCUGUCAAACUUGAUAUAAGAAAUAAUAGGACUAAAUGUGAAUCUCCUGAAAGCUGUGCUCUGGAUUUCUGAGAAGUGGUCCUGGCCUGAGCAUGAGGUCACUGCUUCGAUUAGCAAUUUCUUCAUGUGUGAUUAUUCCACAUCCCAGGUAAUCAGUAUGAGGUUAGAAUUUACAGUACCUGACAUUGGUGUCUAGGUCUUAAAAGUGAAUAGGGUUUAUGUCUGAUGUAAAUAUUUUCCAUUUUCCUUUCCUUGUAUUUUCUUCUUUCCAGCUCCCAAACUUUCCCAAAUCCCCCAGCUGUCUGUGUGAGAAGCAGUGUCGGGUGCCAGGUUUCCUCAAUUUUCAUUCUUAAUUGAGCUGUAAAUUCACCUCAUAAACUCUUGCAGAUCUAGUGUUUCUUCUACAUUUACAACUCCUUAAUUUUCUUCUUAAUUAAUGAAAGCUUCAAUGUCCCCAGUCCAUUUUUAUCAGAUGAGUCUUAUGAAACAUGUUAACUUGGACUUCUUCACUGGUUUUAAUAACGUCCUCUCCUCAGCCUGGUUCUGUGUUUAGGUAUUGCUCUAUUUGUCCUCAUGCUGAUAAAAGAAGUGCCAGUGCAUAUCACAGCACAAUCAAACCCAGCCUCAUUUACAGCUGCUUCUUUAUCAACAGCUCCUGGACAAGCCAAGAGUGCCUAAUCAAGAACAGUAAAGUUAAAAGGCAUUAUUUUUUCAUAACAUUGAAUUCAAAUGCAAUGUUAGUGUCCAAAAGACUAAAAUACUAUAAAUGAAAGCAGAUGUGGGCCUGGGUGCUGCAUGAUAUUCUUUGCUGUUUUCAAACAGAGAUGCACCUGGGGAGUGGGGGCUCCGGAGGAUGGGCAAAGAGAGCAGAGGAGACUCCUUCUCUCAAGCCAGAGGUACCCUGUGCACCAUGGCAAUGGGCUGCUGCUUACAGGCUUCCCUAUUUUAUGUACAUUUUAAAAGGGAACAUGUCAAUUCAAGGGCCCGGGUUGUCCUAUCAUAACUACUUUAUACAAUUCCAGUUCUAUAGCAGCGUAGCAACAUCAGUUCUAGAGGAAUUCAGACAGUGAAUCCCACCCAUGUAUGGAAUGUGCUUGUGAGGAAAUGUACUGGAGAGAGGGAGUGUUCAAGGACUACUAGCAUGUCACUGCUGCUGUAUGAUCUAGUGCCUCCUGCAACAGUACUUAAAUGAAAGAACUUGGCUUUGCAAAAAACUUAAAAAAAACCCAAACAAACCCAACCCCAAAUGCAGAUAACUUUAAGCAGCCUGGAAAUUCAGAGUGCCAGCUUCAACACACAGGAGCUGGACAUAUAUCCAGGAUGGGGCAUGUGGAAUUGUCCUGAUUUGACUUUUUUGGCCUGUUGUAUUAAUUAUGCUGGAAUAAAUUAUGCCUUUUAGGAAAAAAAGAAUCAUGCCUAAGAAAAUGUUCCCUGUAAAUAUCUAUUUGCAGUACCAAUAUCCCUUUAGCAGAAAACAGGAUUUAAACAAGCUGCAUUUUAAACUCUCGGUAUCACAGUUAAUCCUAAAUGCUGUAAACUGUAAUGGCCUAUUUCUUUAUGUCGAGUUGUUCUUUUUCUCCCUAUAUCCUGUUUUCUGACUGCAAAGCAGCUUAUGCUGGUUCAUCUACGGUGCUGACAUUCAAAAACUUGCAUGACUGGCAGCAGUAAAACUUUAUUUAACCUCCUUCUCAGUCUAAGAAAGAAAUUGCUUUGGCACAAAAACAUUUAGUAGCAAAACCCAAUGUGAUGUAUUGUUUCUAUUGUUAUUUAAUUGUUGUUUUCCCCUUGUGUUCAAAUGUCUUGAGGAAAGGCUGAUGAUGGUGGCUGACAGCUCACUGCGGGAACUGCUUUUCCUCUGUAAGUGAUUAUCACGAUUGUAAUUGACAGCCCGAGGGGAUGUACUGCUGGUCAGUAUACCUAAAAAUAUAAGGACUGCUGUUUUGUAUGGUUUGGAACUCAUAACUGUCCAAUCAUGCUAUCUGGGUGCUGAAUUAACAAAGAUAAUACAGUACUAAAACCAUUUUCACUCAGUUUUCCUCUCAAAGGAAAACCCAACCCUCAUUUGUUAGACUGCAGGCUUGAUGACUGACUUGACAUUGUUAAAUGAAAUCAAAUACGUGAACAGUCCUGUUACCACAGCUACAAAUCUUUAAUACAGAGAUGAUGUGUUAGCUGCUCUUCUGGCUUCAUGAAUACAUAUUUUAUUAUCAUAGUGAAGGUCUAAUUACCAAAACAAAAAAGAGAGCUGCACUGAGACUUGGGGGAUGUCAGGUGCCUGUCAGCUGUUAGCAGGAUGGAAUCCAUUUGCCCCAGUUCCACAUCAAAGAAAUAAUAAUAAUAGCAAUUUAUCCACUUUUAAAAAUGUUUGGAUUUAAACUGCCUUUUACUGCCUGUACAUCAUGUCUGUCACACUGGUGGUGGUCUGAUAUUAGACUCAUCAUGUUUUAUUAAAAUGUAGAUUUUGCCUAUUGCAACAUUUUAUUAUUUGCCUAUCUGCUUUCAAAACCACUACUAGUUUGGGUAUAACAAAUUGUUUAAAUGGAAAAAGGAAAAAAAAAUUGAUUUUGGAUAAGAUUCCUUCAAUGUAAAUAUUUGGGGUUGCGGUCAGUCUUUUAAAAUCAAAACUCUCCCAGCAAAUUCUAAGUAUUGUGAAAAUUGUAUCAGGUAAUUGUCACUUUAGUCAGAUUUUGAAAGUGCAUUUUUGUUUGAGUGUAAAUGGUGUAGUUUUUACCAGCAAAACCUGUGCAGUGCAGAGCAGCCAAUAUUGCCAUUUCUGGUACAGUCAGGAUCUACUAUUCCUCCUGUAUUCACCAAUUUCCAUUCAAUGGUGGAAGUAUUUCACAAUACUUUACAGGAACUGAAGGUCCUGGACUUGGUCAGUACCUUUUCCAUUUCUCUGUGUACAUGAUUGGAGUGUCAGCAGCCUUUCAGACUGUGCACAGUGAGGGAUGGGAAAUAGCAGAAAAAAAUGUCCCUCUUGGCUGGGGCUCCCCCCAAUGCAGUUCAGGAGCCUUUCCUGGCCUAGACAGGGAGGAGGAAAUCUUUUCCUUUGUUCCUUCUUUUUCCUUUGUUCCUUCUUUCAUUUAUUUCCUGGCAGCACCUUCAAUUUUGUGCCUCAAACCUCACAUCCUCUGUCUUUUCUAUAUUUAGGACAACAACAGCUACUCACAGCUUAUCUUUUCUGCAUCUCCCAUGACUGCUUGCUGUUACAGGUUUGCUUUCCAGAUCACAAAUGCUGGAGAAGUGAGUCUUCUGUGGGAUCAUGUCCACUGGCAUAGAAGGCAAACCCAACAGGAACUGCUUUUAUUUCCUUUAGCAAUGCAAACAGUGCCUUUCCUGAGUUUAAAUGAGGUUAAACAGAUUUUGAGCCUGCACAAAGGCUGUUUGCACUCAUGAACAGCCCUGAGUGAACUUCCUCCCAUGCUCCCUCCACAGACUGUAGUGCCUGAGCACUAAGGGAAAAGGAGCUGCUUAGGUGGUGUUAUGAGGAAAGAUGAAAGCUGCUUUGGUGAACUCAACUCUAUCCAGCUACUGGGGACCACUGUAUGUGAGAAGCUGAUAGAGGAACUGAUACCAUUUCUGGUGUUGGACAGCACAGGAUCAGUUGAGGUGCUGCCAUUGUGGGCAUCAGAAGUUAAGCAGUAGAAAGUAAUGCUCUGAGUGUGUAGACCAUAAGCAACAUACCUGAAAAUGACCUAGAAAAUGGGGUCACGAAUCUACAAAUAACGUUUCUUUUCAGGUAAACAUGCUUAAACCUAGAAGACUAAAUUACUACAAGCAUGGUCACUUUCUCAUUUCUCUUGAAGUGAUUCCAACUUCUUUUCUUAAUGUGUUAGGCGUUUCCCUGCAACACUGAUUAAGUCUGCUCACUGGAGCAAACAAAAAGAUACUGAGCAUUUCAAUCCACUGAUCUAACAGAAAAGCACUGGCUGACAGUCAUAGCAUCAGUGAUCCUAGUUAGAUAAGAAACGAAGUGGAACAUUAUUUCAUGUGGGAAAGGCUAAUAAUUUACUGUGUAUUGUGUUCAUCAUGGCAUCUUUUUUUCUGCCACUGCAGGUGAAUAGGUAUUUUCCUACUGAUAAAUGCCUGAAUGGAAGAGGAAGACAUAUGCUGCUAUCUCUGUUCUCUUUGAUAAGACAAUGAUAUUCUCAUCUAAGAAAUAACAUUCAUCCCUAUGUCGAAAAGUCAUGUUUGCUAAAUUUCAGCAUGUGAGUCUGAAUUCAGCUAAAUAUAACUGUGCUAUGUUCCUGUAAAAGAUAAAGGUAGUAUCAAAUGCUACCAUGUAUUUCUAAUUUUCCAA